CAUAUCACAAGUUUAUAGUCUUCACCUCCUCCUCUAAAACAACCAAAACAAAACUAACACAAAAGUAAUUCUCCCUGUCAUCAAACCCUAAAUUCAUAUCAAUGAAUUCUUCAAUUCGAACAUUGAAUUUCUUUGUGCUUCUGUUUCUUCACUUACAAACGCCGUCAACGGCCACCCUAACGCCAUUAAACUGCACAGAAGCAUCUCGUUUAUGCACAUCCUUCUUAGCCUUCACUCCUUCCCCAAACCAAACCCUAGACGUCAUCAUGAGCAUGUUCGACGUCUUACCUAACGACGUUACAGUUGACGGUAACGGCAUCUUCGUUCGGAAAAACUGUUCGUGUACAAAUUCAAACUCACCGCUAGGUCAUUACUACCUAACGAAUACUACAUACACUGUUAGGAAAAGUGGUGGAUCUGUGUACGAUCUGGUGGUGGAUGCGUACGGAGGACUGGCGUACGUGUCGAAUUUCUCACGGCCGGCGGUUGCCGGUGCGGUGGUGUCGUUGCGGUUGUUGUGUGGUUGUUCGAGUGGAUUGUGGAAUUAUCUGAUGAGUUAUGUGGUGAAGGAUGGUGAUAGUGUUGAGCUGUUAGCUAGUAGGUUUGGUGUUAGUAUGGCUAGUAUUGAGAAAGUUAAUGGAAUUGUUGAUCCUGAUAAUAUUACUGUUGGUGCUCUUUAUUACAUACCUUUGAAUUCUGUUCCCGGUGAGCCAUAUCCUAUAGAGAAUAACUCCACACUUGCACCUGCUCCAUCACCAUAUUCUGAUGCAAUUGUUGUAGAGGGAAGGGAUCAUAAGAGUGAUUCAAAGCAUUGGUGGAUUAUAGGGGGUUUAGGUGUUGGUUUAGCUUUGAUUAUAGCAGUUGUGGCACUUUUUGUAUGUCUACGAUCAUCUCGGGAUGACAAUAGGAGUCAUUUGAAGGAUCCGGAAAAUGAACAAGUUUCUCAUAAGUUUCAUAUAUUAAGGACUUCAAGCUUCUGGUGUGGUUCGGGGAGGCUCUGCUGCAAAUCUAAUGAUUGGGAGCAGACCAUUGAGGAGUCUAGUGACCGGCAUACCAACAUUCCAAAAGUUAUUGGGACGGAUGUGUUUGACAUUGAGAAACCUGUUGUGUAUUUUUAUGAAGAAAUUUUCUCAUGUACGGAUGGUUUCUCCGAGUCCAAUCUCUUAGGUCUUGGGACAUAUGGUUCUGUGUAUUAUGGUUUACUUCGCGAGCAGGAAGUUGCUGUCAAAAAGAUGACUGCUACGAAAACUAAAGAGUUCAUAGCAGAAAUGAAACUUUUGUGCAAGGUUCAUCAUACAAAUUUGGUAGAACUUAUUGGUUAUGCCGCUAGUGAUGAUGAGCUUUUCCUCAUUUAUGAGUAUGCUCAAAAGGGUUCACUUGGAAGUCAUUUACAUGAUCCUCAAAACAAGGGUCAUCCUACAUUAUCUUGGAUAAUGAGGGUUCAAAUUGCAUUAGACACGGCAAGGGGACUGGAAUACAUACAUGAGCACACUAAGCCUCAUUAUGUUCAUAGAGAUAUUAAAACAAGCAACAUUUUACUUGACGGUGCCUUCAAAGCCAAGAUUUCGGAUUUUGGGUUGGCAAAACUUGUUGGAAUACCUAAUGAUGGAGAAGCUUCAACUACAAGAGUGGUUGGAACUUUUGGUUAUUUAGCUCCAGAAUACCUCAGGGAUGGUUUAGCUACAACAAAAAGUGAUGUAUAUGCAUUUGGUGUUGUUCUUUUCGAGUUAAUAUCAGGAAAAGAGGCUAUUACACGAACUGAUGCUGUUGUGAAGAAAAACUCUGAGAGACGCUCAUUGGCAUCGAUUAUGUUGGCAGCACUUAAGCACUCACCUGACUCUAUGAGUAUGUCAAGCUUAAAAGACCAUAUUGAUCCUAGUCUGUUGGAUUUGUUCCCUCAUGACUGCGUUUUCAAGAUGGCCACGCUGGCAAAACAAUGUGUCGAGGACGACCCGAUCUUGAGACCAGACAUGAAGCAAAUUGUUAUUUCACUUUCUCAUAUUCUUUUAUCAUCUGUUGAGUGGGAAGCUACGCUAGCAGGAAACAGCCAAGUGUUUAGUGGCCUGGUUCAAGGCCGAUGAUAGUUUUAUCCAUUCUUGAAUUGAUGAGAAGUUAGUUUUUGCCUUUACAAUGUGUGUAAAUAGUUGCAUAGACGGUUCGUUAUAGUGUCAUUUUAUACCUACACAUUUAUUUGUAACGUGGUUUCCUUGUAAUAUAUAGAUGAAACAUGAAGCAGGCUAUCAUGCAUUUGGUUUCUGGUUUAUACUUUAUAGCAUUAGUACUUUGUAAUGUA